UACUGUGCGUUUUCAAAAUGUCGCCCUCCUUCGUGAUCUGACUUCUGUACCACCAGACAACAACAAAGCAUAGCUUCAUUUAGAAAAUCUGACAGUCUACAUAAAUACUUUUAUUUAAUGAAGCAUGAGACUGCUAAUUACAGUUGCCAGAAUAAUUCAUAAACGGCCUUUGUGCAGUUCAACAUCAUGUAUAAGUUCGGCAGAGAGUUGCUCCGGAGCUGCUACGAAGAGCGGCCUGCAGUUCAGAGAUGACCAGCUAGUCUGCGGUUCGACCCGGGAGUUGGUCCAGAGGCUUCGAGGACAGGUGGAGGUGAGGACGGAAUUCAUAAGUGAGGAAGAGGAGGGUGCUCUCAUUAAAGAACUCGAGCCUGGGCUGAGGAAGAAAAGAUACGAGUUCGACCACUGGGACGAUGCGAUUCAUGGUUACCGGGAGACCGAGCGUGCUCAGUGGGGAGCGGUGUGUGAGGGGGUGAUGGAUCGCCUCCGAGCUGUGGCGUUCUCUGAGGGCAGCCCUCUCCUAGGCCCUGUGCAUGUCCUGGACCUGGACAAGGCUGGAUACAUCAAACCACACAUCGACAGUGUCAAGUUCUGUGGCAGCACUAUAGCAGGGCUGAGUUUGUUGUCAGACAGUGUGAUGCGCUUGGUGAGGGAGGAUGAACCUGCUGAAUGGCUGGACUUGUUUCUGCCCCGUCGCUCUCUCUACAUACUCAGGGACCAGGCCAGAUAUAAGUUCACCCAUGAGAUCCUUAAAGAUGCCGAGUCCGUUUUCUCUGGACAGAGAGUGCCCCGCCAUCGCCGCAUCUCUGUCAUCUGCCGGAACCUUCCUGUUUGAAGCAUGAGAGCCAAGAGAGACAACUGUGACAGUCUCACUGGCAAUAGCCAGAGCUCGGUAUUUGAGACGUUAAAAACGUCACUGUGUUAAAAUUUUAUGUACACACUUUCUCACUGUGCGAGAGACUGUUGUGAAUGACGAUUUAGACGUUUCCCUUAUAAUCAGUUUUCAUUCAAGCACUUUUUUCAAAAUAAACUACCUGUACAGGA